UUCUCCUCAUGAUUUUGCUUUUUGAUUUGAAAGGAGGCAGCAAUAAGGACAUGGAUGACAAGUCAGUGAGCAAAGAGUUGGACUUGUGGAUUGAACAGCUCAUUGAGUGCAGGCAGCUCAAAGAAAAUCAAGUUCGAGCACUUUGUGAAAGGGCCAAAGAGAUCCUGCAAAAGGAGUCCAAUGUUCAGGAGGUGAGAUGUCCAGUGACGGUUUGUGGAGAUGUUCACGGUCAAUUCUAUGACCUCAUGGAGCUUUUUAAGAUAGGCGGGAAGCCCCCUGACACCAACUAUCUCUUCAUGGGAGACUAUGUGGAUAGAGGCUACUAUUCUGUUGAGACAGUGACCCUCCUUGUUUGUCUGAAGGUCAGAUUUCGUGAAAGAAUCACCAUUCUGAGAGGAAACCACGAGACGAGACAGCUCACACAUGUCUACGGCUUCUACGACGAAUGCCUGAUGAAAUAUGGAAAUGCCAAUGUUUGGAAGCAGUUUACCGAUCUAUUUGAUUAUUUACCUCUAACUGCACUGGUUGAUAACCAGAUUUUGUGCCUACAUGGAGGAUUGUCUCCUUCAAUAUUAACACUGGAAACCAUCAGAGCAUUGGAUCGCUUCCAGGAGGUUCCUCACGAGGGUCCAAUGUGUGACUUGUUGUGGUCCGACCCAGAUGAGCACUAUGGUUGGGACAUUUCGCUCCGUGGUGCCGGUUACACCUUCGGCCAGGACAUCUCAGAGACUUUUAAUCAUGCAAACGGCCUCACUUUGGUUUCGCGAGCCCAUCAGCUGGAGAUGGAGGGCUUUAACUGGUACCACGACAAAAAUGUCGUGACGAUCUUCAGUGCACCAAACUAUUGUUAUCGUUGUGGAAACAAGGCAGCAAUCAUGGAACUUGAAGACACUCUGAAAUGCUCAUUCCAACAGUUUGACCCGGCCCCCCGCAAAGAAGAGCCCCAAUCAUCGUGGCGAUUUCCAGACUACUUCCUCUAAAGAUCUCCACAUGGUCAUCUAAUAUGUGCCACCGUAUUUAUAAAGAACCGUAAGCAGGAGCUCUACCAUCUCCCUCUGCAUGUCAAAAAGAGUUUCAGUGCAAAACAAUUGUCAAGUAGGACAUUUGCAUGAUAGCGCUUAGGGCAGUGAUGUAUAAUUAUCAGAGAGCUGAAAAUUUUCUGUUCAUUGAGUUUAACUUUCUGUCACACAGCAAUGGCGGCAA